UGCAAAAAAGCCCCUGAGGUUUAUCGAAAUCAACCCGCGGUCCUCCCUGAAGCUGGGGCUCGUCUGCCUAUGCGCGUGCAGAAACAGAGAGCUCGUAGAUCUGGCCGAUGAUGUGAGCUUCGAAGCAGGGCUCCGGUGUGGCGAGGAGGGCAAGGAAGUUCGGAUCCACAUGGCGGCACGGGUCGGGGAUACCGUGGCGCUGCGUCGCGCGCUGGACGAGGCGGUACUGGUCGUGGCGGCGGGGGAGGUAGGAGUGGGGCUGGAGGCAGUCCGCUGCGCCGUGGCCGCGGAGGCCAACAAGGCCGGGGAGACGCCGCUCCUAGCUUCCCUGGAGAAGGGACGCCUCGAGGUGGUGGUGGAGCUGCUCCGGCACCUCGAUGCCCAUGGCAUCGCCGCGGAGGCCAACGAGGCCGGGAAGACGCCGCUCCUAGCCGCUGCGGAGAAGGGCCACCUCGAGGUGGUGGUGGAGCUGCUCCGGUACCUCGACGCCCAGAGCAUCGCCGCGGAGGCCAACAAGGCCGGGGAGACGUCGUUCCUGGUCGCCAUGGAGAAGGGCCACCUCGAGGUGGUGGUGGAGCUACUCUGGCACCUCGACGCCUAUGGCGGGCGUUGCCGCGAAGAACAGGUCGGGUACGACGCUCUGCACAUCGCGGCCAGAGAAGGGCAUCAUGGUGAGACUUCCAUGUUCACCACUUUGCUGCCUCCUCACUCCUGCUUGGGAUUUGUGCCCUCUCUGGCCGCCCACGGUUCUCAAGCGGGACAUUCCAUGGGAGACAUAUAUGUCAACUAAGUUGAUCACUUCAACAUGCCUUCAGCUUUUAAGGCGUUAUGACCACAAACCAGAAAGUCAGAGAGGUCCCUUGCUUGAUGAGGUCGCUUCCAUGACCAUACUUCAAAUAGGGGAGCUUAGUUUGCUUCUCAUCAUCAACUAUGGCCAUCUUUGCGUGGGCAUUUUAUUUCCCAAACUGUACUUGUCUAAACUAAAUUGUAUUGAUGUUCAGUUUAUAUUUGUCCAUGGUUUUGCUCACAUCACAAAUAUUUGGCAGCAAUAUAAUUCCCGAGUUCACUGCAACCGAAACCCUUAUAAUCCAGUCCAACAUAGAUUGUUUACCCUUUGACAUGCAUUUAUCUUCCUCGAUUAUUCUUCCAUGAAACUUUCAAAUCUGCUAGGAAAGCCUGAUUGUUUGUUCAUACAAUUUAAGUUGGACAUUGCAUUUAUCUUCCUUUAUUAUUCUUCCAUAAUGCUUUCAAACCUGCUAGAAAGAGAUGCAUACAUCAUGUACUACUUUUUUGCGUGUUUAGUUCACUUAUAUAUCUGGAUCUGAUAAUGAUUCAUCACAUUUGAGUCAAUUACCUUAUAGAAUAAGGCGAGAUACAAGUAUGAAGUGUUGUAGUUGCAGCAGAUGGUCCAGCUACAGCCCACUGGAUCCAAAAUUUUGCAUACAUAUGAGGAAGAUGAGCAUGAGGGAAAUGUGGUUUCAGAACUGAGUGUGUUGUGUGCCGGGACGGUCGAAGCUCAAUAAUGAUUUGCUAAUUAAUUUACAUCACAUGGAGUCCCUAGAUGACACAUGGGUCCGUCGGCUCCUAUUUCUUCGGUGACACAUGGGUAAGCUGAUUCCUAUUGCUUUGGGUGAGAAAACGCAUUCCCGGGGUGAUGAAUGUAUAUCAAACAUAAUAUCUUUAUUCAUAUACAAAAGUUACAGCUAGGUGUUCCCUUUUUUUUGCCAAGAUAUAAUUUUUUAGGCUUUGGGUGAGCUGGGAAAAGUGAUAAAAUUAUUUGUAAUUCAAAUUUCAGGAUAUAUGUGCAGCUUUGGAUAUAUCUCAUGCUAAUGGUAAUUCAUCAAACAUCCA